AGUGAGGGUGUUUGGGUUUGAGGAGGGCGCGACCCAUCCUGCCGCGGCCAAUCGCGCCGAGGUCCUGAGGGGGGCCUUUGGGGGCGUGGCCCAUCGGGGGCGUGGCCGGGGCCGGUUCCGGGCCGCCGGGGACUGCGUGGGGGCCAUGUCGGCGCCGCAGCCGCUGCAGAUCCGCGAGGCGAACGCACACCUGGCGGCUGUGCAUCGGCGCGCCGCGGAGUUGGAGGCGCGGCUGGACGCGGCGGAGCGCACAGUGCGCGCCCAGGCCGAGCGCCUGGCCCGCCACGACCAGCAGCUGCGCGCUGCCCUGGACGAGCUGGGCCGCGCCAAGGACUGUGAGCUUGCCGCUCUCCAGGAGCAGCUGCUGACCUCCGAGGCCACUGUCCACAGCCUGCAGGCUGCUGUGCGUCAGAGGGAUGAGCUCAUUGGGCAGCUGCAGCCCCGGGCGGAGCUGCUGCAGGACAUCUGCCGUCGCCGGCCACCCCUGGCCGGGCUGCUGGCUGCCCUGGCGGAGGCUGAACGCCUGGGGCCCCUGCCAACCAGAGACCCCAGCCACCCACUCCCUGGUGGGCCCAGUCCACGCCUUGCCAACAGUACUGGGGAAGAGGAGGACAGGGACCACCUCCAGCCUGCAGUGUUUGGGACCACUGUGUGAGCCCUGGAGCACAGAUUUCACAAUGGAGACAGAGUUCCACUGCUGUGGGUGUCCUCGGGGGUCACCAGUGUCCCAGAGGGGACCCCGUGGCAGAGCCAUAAUCCUUUCCAAGCAUCAAACCUGCU